AAAUGGCCUCUCGGCCACUGAAACGCGCUCCAAAUACAAACUACAACUCCCGGCAUGCCCGAAAAACCCCAGCGCAUGGGUGUGACGUCACUCUUUCUUCGGUCACACAUCAAAGCAGGAAGCACGGCUUUUUUAUUUGGAGCAGAGGGGGGUUGUGUAGAUUAUCGGGUUGCAUAUGUACUUGUUUCAACGCACAGGAAUUGAGUGCCGGGUGACUGUGUAGCAGCGGAGACCGAAACUCUUCUGCUGUGAAUCUUGAUCGCUGUCGCUCGUUUGAAUUAAACUAUGGAGCACAUCAGAACGCCAAAGGUCGAGCAUGUGAAGCUUUUGGACCGAUUCAGCAACAAGUCCACCACAGGAACUCUCUACCUCACUGCCACUCACCUGCUCUUCAUGGAGGCCAGCUCCUCCAGCGCACAGGAAAUAUGGGUCCUUCAUCACCACAUCGCCACGGUGGAGAAGCUGUCCCUGACCACCAGCGGCUGCCCCCUGGAGAUCCACUGCAGGAACUUCCGGGUGCUGCGCUUCGUGGUGCCCCGGGAACGAGACUGCCACGACGUCUACAGCUCGCUGGUCCGCCUGCUCCGGCCAGCCUCCUACGAGGAGCUCUACGCCUUCUCCUACAACCCCCAGCAGAACGACGAGCAGCGCGAGGAGGGCUGGCAGCUGAUCGACCUGGCGGCCGAGUUUGAGCGGAUGGGCGUGCCCUGCGACCAGUGGCAGCUGACCGACGCCAACAGGGACUACAAGGUGUGUGAGACCUACCCCCGCGACCUGUAUGUUCCUGUCACGGCCAGCAAGCCCAUCAUCGUGGGGAGCUCCAAGUUCAGGAGCAAAGGACGCUUUCCUGUGCUGUCCUACUUCUACCAGGAGAAGAAGGCCGCCGUGUGCCGGUGCAGCCAGCCUCUCUCCGGCUUCAGCGCCCGGUGUCUGGAGGACGAGCACAUGCUGCAGGCCAUCAGCAAAGCCAAUCACAACAGCCGCUUCAUGUACGUCAUGGACACCCGACCCAAGCUGAACGCGCUGGCCAACAGAGCAGCUGGGAAGGGCUACGAGAAUGAGGACAACUACUCCAACAUCCGCUUCCAGUUUGUGGGGAUUGAGAACAUCCACGUCAUGAGGGCCAGCCUGCAGAAACUCCUGGAAGUGGUAGGAAGCAGGACCUUGACUGUGACUGACUACCUGCUGGGGCUGGAGAGUUCUGGGUGGCUCCGACACAUCAAGGCCAUCCUGGACGCCGCCAUCUUCCUAACUAAAGCAGUGACCGUGGAAGGGGCCAGCGUUUUAGUGCACUGCUCGGACGGCUGGGACAGAACCGCACAGGUGUGCUCGCUGGGGUCCCUGCUGAUGGAUCCUUACUAUCGAACCAUCAAGGGCUUCAUGGUUUUGAUUGAAAAAGACUGGAUAUCAUUUGGACACAAGUUCUCAGACAGGUGUGACCAGCUGGAUGGGGACCCCAAGGAGGUGUCCCCCGUGUUCACCCAGUUCCUGGAGUGUGUCUGGCAGCUGACGGAGCAGUUCCCCCAGGCCUUCCAGUACAACGAGUGGUUCCUCAUCCAGGUCCACGAGCACGUCCACUCGUGCCAGUUCGGCAACUUCCUGGGCAACUCCCAGAAGGAGCGGGAAGACCUGAGGCUGAAAGAGAAGACCUACUCCCUGUGGCCUUUCCUCCUCGCUGAGCAGCAGAACUACCUGAACCCCUUCUACUGCCCGGGCUACGCAGAGACGCACCCCGUCCUGGAACCCAGCACUCUGCCCUUCCAUUUCAAGUUCUGGAGGAACAUGUAUCACCAGUACGACCGGGCCAUGCACCCCCGCCAGUCUGUCCUCAAGCAAGUCCUGGCCCUGCGCGAGGAGAGUCGGGCGCUGGAGAGCUCGGUCGGGAGCCUGGAAUCGAAACUGAAGAGGCUGGGCGUCAGCGGCCUGGACCUGGGUCUCCACAGCCGCCCCAGGGAGAGCGCCCCGCCGCCGCGGCCUCAGUCGCUCAUCCUGGGGGCCCCGCUCAGCUGCAAGGAGGAGCAGCAGCUGCGGGAGGAGGGGGGCCUGCGGGGCCGUGACAGCGUGCGGACAGUAGAGGGCAGCAGCGCCACGGACCGCGGGUACGGCGAGCUCCGGGAUGCGUUCGCCAAGCCGGAGCCCACGCUGGUCAGCCUGGAGCUGGGGGUGGCGAAAAUGACCUGCUAGCUGGGACCAGCGGCGGGGGGCGUGGGGGGAGACGAAAAGAGAACAGAAAGAAGCGGGGGUCACGUCCGCCACCGUCCGCUGAGGAGCUGCGCGCUGACUGCGGACGCCCCCGUCCCAGCUGGGGGUGUGCAGGGAGGCAGUGGAUCAGGCGAGAGAGGGGCGGAGAGGCUUAGAGGUACCUGUGCCGGCUACAGAGCGAGGCGGGGGUGUUCACUCCGCAACGAGCGUUAAUCGCACUUAAGAGCUGUUGUUUUUUUAAUGUCUGUUUUUUUUUAAAUCGGACUCGGUAGCAGUUUUCCACUAAAACACCCCAAAAAAGCCAGAAACUGUCCUCCUGCUUGCACUGCGCGGGGUCAGGCAGGCUUUGUAUCGGAAGGGGCUCUGUGCUGGUGUAUUGGGUGGGACAGGGUGAAUGUAGGGUUUUGUUUAAAUUACGGAUAUUAUUUGUGCAUCUCUUUAUGGCGGGACUAGAGGUACUAUGGCUCUAUCUGAAGACAUGGGUCUGAGCCGUCUGGAGUGACCUGCGUAAUCUUCGCACGUACAUGUUUUUGUCUACACACCUGUUAAUAUGCCUUUUUCUCUCUCUGGGCUCCUUAUUCUUUAAUCCCUCUGGUUCUUUAUUUGCAGUCCGUUCAAAAAAAAAACAUACUAAAAUGUUUGGCUCCCACAUUGCUGGUGAUAAAGUUAAGGGUACGUGAAUGUAUAGCGUCAGCUGCACAGGUCCUGCUGUCGGAUCUGGAUCAGGACGCGAAGCCUGGAGGGGACCGGUCCUCGUGUUCCUGCAGCGAGAAGCGAGGACCGGUCCCGGGACGGCGGUUGCUAAGCGGCGCUGGGGGAUCCUGAUGAGAAGGGUGCCAGCACCCCGGGGAUGGGGGAGAAAACGAGGACUUACCCCUUUCAGAAGACAAGGUCAGCCUGAAAACCCCCAGAAGCGAACACAGUCGAAGCUCCCGGUUGGCAGCCUGGUUUAGACCACAGCCUCGACUUUGCGGGCUCUGCUUGGCAAGACGGGGCUGUAGCACCGCUACAGUAUUUUGUUUUCGAGUGCCUUCGGUUCUGCGCAGAUACUCUCCAUCGCGGGACAGUGACAGCGUCUGUCCUCAGAUCUGCCUCUGCCUCUCCCUCUCGCCUGCUGUCCCCUGGGCAAGAAGACACCUGCAGCACGUUCUGCUCAAGCGGUGAUAUUACUUCUGAGAGCUCGAUGCCUUUUUUUUUUUUCCUGGGACAGUUUCUUUUAUCUGGGCUGUAUUUCGGCGAAUACUCUUAUCACGCACCCUGAAGCGCCGAAUUCACUGGCUGUUCUUUUGCCGCAGUGCCCACACGAAGGUCAAUAUUGAAUUGAGCGGGGAAAAAAACGAGUUUGCUGACAUUAAGGGGCUUAUGGUCCCUGGGGGCAAAGUCACCCUCUUUUCACUGCAGCCUGUUGUGCCCAAGGGAGAAAUGAUCUUAAUCUUUUUGUACAGAUGAAAUCAAACAGUCCUUGCACAGUAAUCGUCGAGGAGGCUAAUGCAAAGGUCCUUACUAAUUUUUUUAUCAGGUUAGCAGGGUUAUUAUGUUGAAAAGUGGUUUGGCCAGCAUUGUGAAUAAUGCUUUUUCAAUAUGACCUUUCUCAUUUUCUGUGUAACCUAAAAGGGCAUUAAUUUUUAAAAAUAUUCCUUUUUUUAACUAGCAUCGUUGUGCAGUUGAUACAACUGCCUCGAAAGAGACUCAAUGGGCAUUUGUUGGUUAAGACCUGCAAGUAACCAACUGUUUUUAUUGAAGACAUUAGUAAAAAUGAAGCCAGACUGAAAAAAGCCCAAACCUAGCUGUUUAAAUGCAGUGUACACUGUAGAAAUGUUUAGUAACUGGUACUAGAAGGCCAUUUAUCUUUUUCAAGCAGGAACCAUACAUGUAUUGAUUAUCAGUUUUUUGGGGGGGCUGAAUUCAUGUUUAUUAUUUGUACAUUAAAUCCGAUACGCUGACAGGUCUCUAAACAAUAGAGCUGGCGUAUAUGUUGCCUUAUAAUUCAUUACUGACCUAAAAUAUGUUUGGAUCAGUAUAUAACUCCUAGAGAAAAAACUGUUAAUACAAGUUUAUGUAUAUAUAUGUUGCCAUCUUCAGAAUAAAAUUAAUGGAAAAUAUGUCAUAACUAUAUGGAUCAUAUUGCAAAGCUGCUUGCUGGUAUACAUUUUAUUUCUAAAGCCUUUACACUCUGCCUGGUGCCUGCCUUUAUCGUGCUAAUACCAAGGAGAAGCUGGCGGGCCUGGUACAUUUUUAUGGUACCUCUUGCAACCAUGUAAUACUCUGUUCACUUGAAGUGCACUAAUUAUUGAUAUGCAUUUUAAAGGGCAUGCAGUCAGCCUUGGAGAUGCAAGGUGAUGUAAGACGACGAUGAAAUUUGUACUUCGAACCGGAAUGCUUAGCAGAUUUAUUUAAGUGAGAUCGUUUGUUAGCCUUCCUUCAGAUAAAAUGCACUUGAUGGGGCGCAGUGUGAGCACAGCAGAUUGCUCUGGGUUCUUUUUGUCAACUCGCAUUUGCAGAAGGAAUUAAAGUUCUGACAAGUUA